AUGGGCGCACCGCUACCAAGUGCGUACAACCUAUAUAGAAAUACUAGAGAUAGAAGCAAACGAAUACCAUUGACUACUCCCACUUCCAUUUCUUUUCCUCCUGCCUCUUCCACCCGCUGGAAAAGCUCGAUGAAGUUCUACAUAGAUGAUUUGCCUGUGCUAUUCCCGUAUCCCAAGAUCUACCCCGAGCAGUAUGCUUAUAUGAGCGACAUCAAAAAGACUCUCGAUGUGGGGGGCAACUGCAUCUUGGAGAUGCCUUCCGGUACAGGCAAGACCGUGUCGUUGCUAUCGCUAACGGUGGCGUACCAGAUGUUCUAUCCGGAAGCGAGAAAGAUUGUUUAUUGCUCGCGGACCAUGUCGGAGAUUGAAAAGGCGUUGAUUGAGUUGCACAAGUUGAUGGAGUACAGAGCAAGCGAGUUGGGCUAUGUGGAAGAGUUUCGUGGCUUGGGGUUGACCAGUAGGAAAAACUUGUGCUUGAACCCGUACAUAUCGCGGGAGAGGAAAGGCCAUGUUGUCGACGAGAUGUGUCGACGUGUCACCAACGGCCAACUCAAAGAAAAGAUUGAAAAGGGGAUCGUUACCUCUGAAAUGCAAGAGCGCGAUCCGGAAAAAUACGACUUGUGCUCGUGGCAUGAGAAAUUGUACGAGUUGGAUCCUCACGAUUUGAUUCCCGAGGGUGUCUAUUCGUUUGACGCGUUGAUCAAGUACUGCAAGGAGAUGGGUACGUGCCCCUACUUCACCGUGCGUCGGAUGAUCCCCUUCUGCAACGUGAUUAUUUACUCGUACCAUUAUUUAUUAGAUCCCAAGAUUGCCGAGCGGGUCUCACGAGAAUUGUCCAAAGAUAGCAUCAUCAUUUUUGACGAGGCCCACAAUAUCGAUAACGUGUGCAUUGAGUCCUUGUCGCUUGACUUGACCGAGGACACGCUAAAGCGUGCCACGCGUGGAGCAAACAAGUUGGCCGACGCCGUGAAUGAGAUGAAAGCUCAGGAUAGCGAAAAAUUGCAGAACGAGUACGAGCAGUUGGUGGAAGGGUUGCGGCAGGCGGAAGUUGCCCGCGACGAGGAAUUGUUCAUGUCGAAUCCUAUCCUACCGCAGGACUUGUUGGACGAGGCCAUUCCGGGGAAUAUCAGAAAGGGGGAGCAUUUCGUGGCGUUUUUGAAGCGGUUUAUUGAGUAUCUCAAAACGAGGAUGAAAGUGUUGCACGUUAUCAGUGAGACUCCCGCGAGUUUCUUACAGCAUUUGAAAGAGUUGACUUAUAUUGAAAGGAAACCGUUGCGGUUUUGUUCCGAAAGGUUGAGUUUGUUGGUCAAGACGUUGGAGUUGAGCGAGAUUGAAGAUUUCAGCGCGUUGAAGGAUAUUGCCACGUUUGGCACCUUGGUGAGCACCUACGACACGGGGUUCCAGUUGAUCUUGGAGCCUUUUGAGACCGAGGGGAGCACCGUCCCCAACCCAAUCUUGCAUUUCACUUGUCUCGAUGCUUCCAUUGCCAUCAAGCCCGUCUUUGAGAGGUUCUCCUCCGUCAUCAUCACCUCGGGGACCAUAUCUCCGUUGGAUAUGUACCCCAAGAUGCUCAAUUUUCAAACGGUGAUUCAAGAGUCGUAUGCCAUGACCUUGUCGAGACGAGCGUUUUUGCCCUUGAUCAUCACAAAAGGCGGCGACCAGUUGGCGUUGUCCUCAAGAUUUGAGAUUAGGAACGACCCUUCGGUGGUGAGGAAUUACGGGUCGUUGUUGAUUGAGUUUUCCAAGAUUACUCCCGACGGCAUGGUGGUGUUUUUCCCGUCCUAUUUGUACAUGGAGUCGAUUAUCUCCAUGUGGCAGUCGAUGGGCGUGUUGGACGAAGUGUGGAAGCACAAGCUCAUAUUGGUGGAGACUCCAGAUGCCCAAGAAACGUCGUUGGCGUUGGAAACGUACCGCAAGGCGUGCUCGAAUGGGAGAGGCGCAGUCUUGCUUUCUGUUGCUCGUGGUAAAGUCUCGGAGGGGAUCGAUUUCGACCACCAUUACGGGAGAACAGUAUUGAUGAUUGGGAUCCCGUUCCAAUACACCGAAUCGAGGAUCUUGAAAGCGAGGUUGGAGUUUAUGAGAGACCACUUGCAAAUCAAGGAAAACGAUUUCCUUUCCUUCGACGCCAUGCGACACGCCGCCCAGUGCUUGGGCCGUGUUUUGCGAGGCAAGGAUGACUACGGAAUCAUGGUUUUGGCGGACAGAAGAUUUGCUCGAAAGAAGAACCAGCUUCCCAAAUGGAUCGCGCAGGCUCUAUCUGACUCAGAUACGAACUUGUCCACCGAUAUGGCGUUGGCUACUGGUAAAAAGUUCUUGAGGACCCUUGCCCAGCCUACAAACCCAAAGGACCAAGAAGGGGUGUCGGUUUGGAACCUUGCCCAGUUGGAGGAGUACCAAAAGCAGUUUGACAAGCAGUUUAGCAAAGUGCAAGUUGUAGAGGAGAAGCAAGACGACGAUGUGGAUGAAAACUUGAAUGGCACCCCCAAGACGUCUGGUGCUGAUGAUUUCAUGGAUAUAGACGAUGAGGACUUCGACUUGUUGUAA